AUGGCGAUCAAACCGAAUGGAAAAUCCCCUGUUACCUCCGAUCACGAUGAAAAAAUCAUGCUUUUCCGCGAUGUCACACCGGGUCCCCACGAAACCCAGCUGCGUUUCCGGUUGAUUCAUUUAUGGGAGGCUUGGAACCCUCUAAAGAAGACUCUUAUUGGCCUUGAGAUGCUUUUAAUUGAGGAGCAGUGCACGGCUACGAUUGAUGAUGUGGUCCAUGGUUCAACCUGGUAUUACAUAUCAUGCAGUGGUUGCCAUACUAAGGCUACGAAAGGCCCAACUUCUUUGAUGUGUUCAAAAUGUGGGAAAGUCAACAUAUCAGGAGUACCACAGUACCGUGCACAGAUAUCUGUCUAUGACAACAGUGAGCAAGCUGUUUUUGUUCUGCUUGGUGAUGCUGGUUUUGAGUUAACUGGGAAGCAUGCAGCCGAGUUAGUCAGCAGCUAUUUUGAGGCUAAUGGAGACCAAGGAGUUAUCCAAGAGGUGCCUCUCCCGGAAGCUUUAAUUAGCACUAUCGGUCAGAAACAUAACUUUUGUGUGAAAGUUACAAAGCACAACUUAGAUGGGAAGUCUCGAUCUUUAACUGUGACCAAGAUUAUCCCUCUGAAAUCUCCACCAGUCACAGAAUCUUCGGGAGGAAACUACAACCCGACAACUUCGGAGGAGAGAUUUGAGACUGGAACGAUGGUGUCUGAAGCUUCCAAAAUCAGUGUGGAUUCGGCAGAGGGAAGUAAGAGCAAUGGUGACAUUGAUGAGAUGGGCAAAGCAAAACGCCUCAAGCAUGGGGUGUAG